CCAAUCCUUGCACCAAUAGUUUCGCUGAUCACCCAGACUAUUGUACCCUGUAUCUAUAGUGCAUUUCGCUAUCGGUAUCACCAUUCUGAGCGAUACAAUGGCGGCCCAAAUGACUCGCCCUGUUACCCUUGCCCCGGCCAGCCGUGGCCGGCUAGUGGUCUGCGCCGCUACCGCGGUGCCAAAGCAGUUCAAGGCCGUUAAGCCUGUUGGUGAUCGCGUGCUGGUCAAGGUGGAUAAGGAGGAGGCAAAGAGCAUUGGCGGUGUGCUGCUGCCCGCGUCCGCUCGCAACAAGCCCACGGCUGGCGCCGUUGUUGCUAUGGGCGACGCUAAGACCGUCAAGAUGUCGGACAAGGUGGUGUACUCCAAGUACGCGGGAACCGAGCUGGAGGUGGCGGGGGAGGAGCACGUGCUGCUCAAGGAGGACGAUGUGAUCGGCGUGCUGCCCUCCUCCGACAAGGUGGCGCAGUUGAAGCCGCUGGGGGACCGGGUGCUCAUCAAGGGCGCCAAGGCUGAGGACAAGACUGCGGGCGGUGUGCUGCUGGCAACCGACUCGGGGGAGAAGCCAACCUUCGGCACGGUCCUGGCGGUUGGCGAGGGCCGCGAGGACGAGGAGAGCAAGCAGCGGGUGCCCCCCAACGUGGAGGUGGGGGCCACCGUCAUGUACUCCAAGUACUCGGGGACGGAGUUCGAGGAGGACGGCGAGCAGUACAUUGUGGUGCGCGAGAGCGACAUCCUGGCGCAGCUGGCGUAAGCGGGGAGUGUGAGGUGUGAGGUCGGGCCGCCGUACAUGAAGGAUGUCAAGGGGAAGGGGUGAUGAUGCUUGGCAGGAUGAUAGUGAGGAGGAGGAGGGUGAAGGGCGUUGAUGGAUGUGUUUUUUCCCGUGGUGCUGCCAAUGCCGGUCGUGGCCGGUGCUGUAAGGGAGGGGGGGCGGCGGUGUGUCACCACCACCCGCUGCUGCUGCUGCUGCUGCACAGCCGCUGAGGGCGCUAGCGUGGUGGUGGCGGCAUGCGGAGGUGGUAUGGAGGACUACAGGAGCAGGAUUAGGGAGAGGGGGCGCUGCGCUUGCAAUGUCGCCUAGGGCGUGGAAGUGCUCGUCCCUAGCCAGGCGAACCUUUUGCCCGUGCUCUCGUCCUAGUUGGGCUGAACGGGAUGCCAGCCCGGCGGGUGCAGGGCUGCUGCACGCUUGGUGGGGGGCGGCUUCUCGGACGGCUUGCGCUGCGCUGCUCUUGGAAGGGAUGUGACUGGAGCAGGGACUCCUAGUCGCAGGUCGGGUCGAAUUAGGGAGGGCGGACUAACCGGCAAUUUUGUGCCUCGUGCCAGGCUGGUGGGUUGUGCCGCGGCUAGUGGAGCAGCAGUUUUCGCCGCGUGUGCGCCCGCUUGUGCUGGUGCGGGGAGUGCCGGGACGGCUCCCUUCCUGGGGUGUUGUGAGGUGUCUCGCGCGUGACUGUAGGCGCGAUGGAGGUGAGGCGGCCUGUAAAGGCCCUAGGGACUGUCGAAACCUCUCCCUCUUUUUGGGGUGAAGGAGAAGCGCGGAGACACAGUGUGUAAGUGU